AUGGAUAUCAGUAGUAGUGGAAGUGAGUACUCUGAGUCUGAGGAUAGUUCUGGUGAUCAUGACAGUAACAGAGAGGCGAACGUUGAUCUAAACAACAAGCUGUUGAAACAGAACAAUCAAAGUGGGGGUGGCAAGGGGGUGUGGACUGAAACUGUUACUGAUGGUGGCGGUGGAGGUGCUGUCAAUGGAAUCUGGACGAGGAUCUACGGUGAGGACACAGGACCAGACCCUCUUCAGUCCAUAGGAGUUCUUGGACCAAAGCAUACCCGACCAGCAGAUGAAGAACCCAUAACAUGGACUCCUCAUGAAUAUGCCACCAUUCGAAAGCAGAAUUCUGUUGGUCUACUUGAAGAAAUCCCCAUCACAGAUGAAGAAGAUGUGAGGGGAUACUUUGAUACAUUCGUCAGUGAUGACAUAUUCCAGCUUUUCGCAACAGAAACAAACAGUUAUGCCACACAAGUGAAAGCUCACAAACCAGACUGCUACUACCUGAAGGACUGGAAAGACACAACAGUAGAUGAGAUGGGGAUUAUGGUGGCCCUCCUCAUCGCCAUGGGUCUUGUGUCUAAGCCCGAGAUUACCUCGUACUGGACAAAACACCCUAUGAUGCCGAGGGACCAUUUUCUCACAUUGACGGCCUUUUGGCACCUCGCCAACAAUGAAGAGAAGCCACAACAAAACACCCCUGAAUACGAUAAGCUCUUCAAAUUACGUCGCCUGUUUUCCCAUCUGAAUAACAAAUUUAGCUCUGUAUAUUGUCCAGAGAAGGAGCUCGCUGUAGAUGAAUCCCUGAUGCCGUGGAAGGGACGCGUUUCCUUCAGGCAGUACAGACCAUCAAAACCGAUCAAGUACGGUUUGAAAUUGUACUGCUGUUGUGAAGCCAGCAGUGGCUACAUAGUGAACAUGCCGUUCUACACCGGAGCUGGCACAACAGGACCUGAAACUGGCCAUGGGAGCAAGGCGUUAGGGAUGUGA